AUGUCUGUGAUUAAUGUGCGGUGGCUAAAUGCGUUUUUCUCUAAGUUUGACUGUCAGUUGUCUGAUGGUACACUUUGUAAGUUUGACUGUCAGUUGUCAGAUGGUACACUUUGUAAGUUUGACUGUCAGUUGUCUGAUGGUACACUUUGUAAGUUUGACUGUCAGUUGUCUGAUGGUACACUUUGUAAGUUUGACUGUCAGUUGUCUGAUGGUACACUUUGUAAGUUUGACUGCCAGUUGUCUGAUGGUACACUUUGUAAGUUUGACUGUCAGUUGUCUGAUGGUACACUUUGUAAGUCUGACUGUCAGUUGUCUGAUGGUACACUUUGUAAGUUUGACUGUCAGUUGUCUGAUGGUACACUUUGUAAGUUUGACUGCCAGUUGUCUGAUGGUACACUUUGUAUUAUUUAUGAAACUUGCAUUAGAACAAUGUACAUGACAAAGACAGGAUUAUUUGUUGUUGUUAAAGAAGAAGAGACACUGUAUUGA